CCACGCGCGGCGACGGCGGCGGCGGCGCGAGAUGGUGGGCAGGUUGGCGCGUCUCGUGCUGGUGCUCGGGCUCGCAGCGCGCGGGCCCGCGCCCGCAGGUGCCGCCAAGAUGAAGGUGGUGGAGGAGCCCAACACGUUCGGGCUCAACAACCCGUUCCUGCCCCAGACCAGUCGCCUCCAGCCCAGGAGGGAUCCUUCACCCGUGUCUGGGCCCGUGCAUCUCUCCAGACUUUCUGGCAAGUGCUUCAGCCUGGUGGAGUCCACGUACAAGUACGAGCUCUGCCCGUUCCACAACGUGACGCAGCACGAGCAGACCUUCCGCUGGAACGCCUACAGUGGGAUCCUCGGCAUCUGGCACGAGUGGGAAAUUGCCAACAACACCUUCAGGGGCAUGUGGAUGAGGGACGGUGACUCCUGCCACUCCCGGAGCCGGCAGAGCAAGGUGGAGCUCACCUGUGGCAAAACCAACCGGUUGGCCCAUGUGUCUGAGCCAAGCACCUGUGUCUACGCACUGACGUUCGAGACGCCCCUCGUCUGCCACCCCCACUCCUUGUUAGUGUACCCGGCCCUGCCCAUGGCCCUGCAGCAGAGGUGGGACCGGGUGGAGCAGGACCUGGCGGAUGAGCUGAUCACAUCCCAGGGCUACGAGAAGUCACUCAGGGUGAUUUUUGAGGAUGCUGGUUAUUUAAAGACCCAAGAACAAAGUGAAUCGGUGCAGCAGGAAGGAGGUGCCAAGGGCCUGGUGUUUCAGACACUGGAGAGCUGUAACGAGGCACAUAAAGCCCUGUCAGAGGAGAUGAAAAGACUUAAAAGCAUACUGACCCAGCACGGCCUCCCCUACGUGAAGCCUGCAGAAACUUCCAGCUCUGAGCACUUGGGUCCCAGGACACCCACGGACAAGACAGCAGAGCUGCUACGAGGCGACCCUGGACUGCGUGGGAACACCCUGUGAUCUGGGGCAGGAGGAGCAGGGCGACAGGUCUCAGCCAGAGGACACCUUCCUCCGUUCCUUCUGUGCCGGCAGGCUCUUGGGGUUGUGCGCAAAGAUGCAGACAAAAUAAAGAUUCAAAGUUUUAAUUAAUUUCCCUACUGAUAAAAAUAAUUCCAUGAAUUCUGUAAACCAUUGCAUAAAUGCUAUAGUGUAAAAAAAUUUGAACAAGUGUUAACUUUAAACAAUUCACUACAAGUAAAUGAUUAUGCCUUAUAAAUACUACCUUCUGGGUUAAGAAAAUUCCAUUCCAAUAACAUUCUCCUCUAAAUACUCAAAACAGACAUACAGAUUGGGGCUUCCAUAAAUUAAUCCACAUGAAGCAUCCACACUGAGUCGUGGUCUUCUGCUGACCACAGUUACACAAAUGGUGUGACAAUGUAACAUCACCGCUAAUACUGAACACUCAGGAGCUGACAGAUUCGGCAACAAGAAUGGCCUCGCCGAGCACCAUGCAGCUUCAGCUGCUACACCCAGCGCCCCACUUCAUCACCCGAGUGCGGGGCGGUGACACCCUGAGAUGCCGAGCCUGGCUGAGCCCAGCAUGGGUGGCCCCCUCAGAAAACCAGGGCCACCGCAGCCAGGCAGCAGGGGUGGGAGGGCCCCGAGGAAGCCCCGGGAGCUCCACUCUGGGUGGUUCUUUGGUCUUCCCACCGCACACCUGUCCUCAGAGCCAGCGAGUGCCUGGGAGGGGGCGCCUCCACCCCCCCGAACCCCACAGAAAGAACUGACCGGAAUAGCUUAUAAAUACACCUAAAGCUUAAUUGUUCUUGUUUAUAAUUUGAAAAUAUCUAGGCUAGAUGUCAAUAACAAACAUUGUCCUGUUUUCCCCCCAAAAGACCAAAGGCCUGAAAUGGGAAACAAGUGCAUAAAUAUUAAUAAAAUAAUUUUAAACAGUGAUAACAGUAGCACAAAAUAU